AUGAUGUGUACCCUCGCUCCCAAACAGCCUUACGGUCCCGCAUCAUUUUUCCCGUACGACGUGGAAGAGCGUCUGCAGACCGAGUCUCCUGGUGCACCAACAGUUUAUAUGCCGUCGCCGAUAUCAGGAAACGUGUUGCCUCCACGGGGUUCCCCCGAGACCAUCGAUGCGAGCACUAAGAACCAGGUUCCAAGGAUCUUCCCAGCAUUGUGUAGUGACCAAGAUCCCCCCGCGUCGACGAGUGUGGCAGCUCCCCGAAGCCAGCUCCUCUCCCAACUAGCGCGCAUCUGUGGACUCGUUGCCGGUUCGGUGACGAUUGCCACUGGAGUUUCGAGGAUUCUCAAGGCCGCACCAUCGCUGCAGUGGCCCGAGGAGAACUUGCUGGACGAGGUGAACGACGAGUUAUGGCGUCGUAAACUGUUUCUUCUUAAUCCGGGAGAAAUUCUUGACUUGUGGGCGCCUCUAGUUUUCGGUGCUCUAUCUUUCCUCACGCAUUUCCGCUUAUUUGAGAUUACGACAAUAACAUGUAAUUUCAGCCGUUACUCUUUGUGGAACUUGGCUCAAGCUCUAUACGCCAACUUCGGAUAUAGCGGCGUGCUCGGCCUUGUUGGAGGGGCUCUGUCUACGUGCACGAGCUGUCUUAGCUUGAUAUCUGCCGUAUGCCUCAUGGAUAGCCAGGCAAGCCUUCGGCUUGAAAUUGGGUUGCUGCCACUGCCAAGAACCUCGAGGGCACUGAAGUCAGACCACAACCUUGAAGCAGUUCAAGUGGGGCCAUAG